AUGACGAAAAAGAAAGCCAUUCGAGUGGGCCAUCGAGGAGCCGCGAGGAGAUUAAUGUCAAAGAUUGAAGAGGAAUUAGAGAAAGAAACAACACAACGCGACGAAAUAGAAAGCCUAUGUGAAACCUUGAAGAAAAAGAGGGAUAUUCUUUCGGAACUUGAUAGCGAAAUUUUAGAGGAGAUUGCAGAGGAAAACAUGGAAGCAGAGAUAGAAGACUCAGAUCGGUAUGUUUUAGAUAUAGAACGAAUUUUGACAAAAGUACGCAAUUCAUCAAGUUCAAAACAGAAAAAUAAAUCAAAUGAAACUAGCUCUAAUCAGAACUUAAAUCCAAAUGCAGCAGAUUUUGUUUUCAUCAACUCCACAUCUACAUGUAAUACUCCACAUCCCAUGCAGAAUAAUGAUAUGCAAUACAGAUCGUCAAUGAGCGCAACAAAUUCUAGCAUCUACCACAAGCUACCAAAAUUGAAUCUACCAUAUUUUAAUGGCAAUUUGUUAAACUGGCAACCUUUCUGGGAUGCGUAUCAAUCAACAAUACACGAUAACCAAACAUUAACAGACGUGCAGAAAUUUACGUAUUUGCAAAAUCAGAUUCAGGGAAUAGCCGCGCAAUGUAUCGCCGGUUUACCACUCACAAGUGCAAAUUACUAUCAAGCCGUAUCAAUACUGAGAGAGAGGUUUGGUCAGAACCACAAAAUCACGAACGCAUAUAUUCAGAAUUUAAUUGAUUUACCCGCACCGAGGUCAAACGCAGACAGUUUGAGAAACUUUUCCGACAGAAUUGAGUGUAGCAUACGCGGAUUAGAAUCGUUAGGAACAAACGAGAGUACAUUUGGAGCCAUUCUUACGCCUAUUAUAUACAAUAAAUUGCCGUCCGACGUACGAAAAAACAUAACCCGAGAUCGCGGAAACGACGACUGGGACAUCGAAUCAUUGAGAACAGCAAUAAAGAGGGAAGUAUGCGUACAGGUCGCAGGACAAUCUACAGGUCAGAGUAAUGAAGAUUUAGAAAUUUUACCGACCGCUUCGUUUAUUGCCGAAACAUUUCCAGGAAAGAACAGGAAACAGUCACGUAAGAAAUGUUUAUUUUGUGAAGAAUCCCAUCAUCCAAAUACAUGCAAAAACGUGAAAGAUGUUGAGAAACGAAUUGAAAUUGUGAAGCGAAAAAAGGUAUGUUUUAACUGUUUCGGAAGUCAUAGAGUAGCUGAAUGUAAGUCUGAAUUUAAAUGCCGCCAGUGCGGAAAGAGACAUCACACGAGUAUACAUGUACAAGUACAUAACACAGAACCAAAGAGCUUGACCGAAAGCCAGUAUAAUACACAAAAGACCGUAGCACAUACUGCCGUAGAGGAAACGCCACUAGAGCUAACCACAUCAUUGCAUUCUACUGUUACUGCACAUACAGAUGUUUUACUGAAAACUGCUGUAACUCCAGUUUGGUCCGAAAAUCGAUCUAUCAUGACAAAUAUUUUACUUGACGAGGGAGCACAGAAUUCAUUCAUAACUGAAGAUUUAGCUAGAAAAUUAGAAAUUGAGUCCACCGAAAAGAUUGCACUGAAAAUAUCUGGAUUUGGAGGAAACGAAGGACAAGUUCGUCAUCUUGAUAAAGCAAACAUAGCUAUUGAAACAGUUGACAAUCAAAGAAUAGAAAUUGAAGUAAUAAUUGUACCGAAAAUUGCCGCUCCUAUUCAGACAAAAUCACAAAAGGAAAUCAAAGCACUGCCAUACUUACGUGGUUUACGACUCGCACAUCCGAUAUGCGCAGAAGACAAGUUUAACAUAUCUUUAUUGAUUGGCGCAGACUAUUACUGGUCAAUAGUUGAAGAUGAAAUAAUAAGAGGAAAUGGACCGACCGCAGUUAAGUCGAAAAUUGGUUACCUCUUGUCGGGACCCGUACUUACUAAGAACGGAAGUACUUCAAAACAGUCAGCAAUGCUGAAUAUUUUGACUGAUCACAGAGCCGUUGUUUGCGACUUGGAAAAGUUUUGGAACUUAGAAGCGUUGGGGGUUUCAGGAAGCGAUACCAUUAAAAGUCAGUCUGAAGUUGUACGAGAAUACGGAGAAAAGUCUAUAAUACUAGAAAAUGGAAAGUACACAGCUAAGUUACCAUGGAAACCAGAUUUCCUUCCGCUGCCGCAUAACUUGGAAUUGGUUAAACAGAGGACAGGAAGCGUUAUUAGACGUCUAGCAAACAAACCUGAUUUAUUAAAAAUAUAUGGAGAUAUCAUAAUGGAGCAGGAGAGAAGACAUUUUAUUGAAAAGGUUGAGGAAACAAAACUUCCUACCGAUCGACCCGUGCACUAUAUCCCGCAUCAUCCAGUUUCAAAGGAAUCAUCUACUACGCCAAUACGCAUUGUUUAUGAUUGUAGCUGCAAAGAUGGAAGAGAUAAUCCAAGUCUAAAUGAAUGCUUAGAAUCACACCCACCUGUUAUGAAUGACAUUACGGGAAUACUUAUGAGAUUUCGCGCUAAGAAAUAUGCUACAACAUCAGAUUUAGAAAAGGCAUUUCUACAAAUACAGCUCGACGAGAAAGACCGAGAUGCAACGAGGUUCUUAUGGCUUAGCGAUUCUACAAACACAUCAAGUCCGCUAAUAACAUAUCGCUUUAAGUCCGUACUCUUCGGAGCUACAUGUUCGCCAUUCAUUUUGAGCGCCACACUUCUCAAGCACUUUAAAGAAAAUCCGGGAAAACUUUCAGAUACACUUGAAAAUGGGUUAUAUGUGGACAACAUUUUAACUAGCUUUGAUAACGAAAAUGACGUAAUAGAUUAUUACAGGAGAUCGAGAGAAUUACUUACGAAAGGCGGAUUCAACCUACGCUCAUGGAAUUCAAACAGUCCAAAAUUACAAGAAAUCGCUAGCAAAGAACAAACCUUAGACAAAGAUGAGCUUACUAAAAUUCUUGGUAUGCAAUGGAACGCUAAAUCGGACAAGCUGUUUUAUCAAAGUAACACGUUCGAGAUGGACAAAAAAGGAAAACUGACUAAACGAUAUAUUUUACGGCAAUCAUCCAAGAUUUUCGAUCCGUUAGGACUAUUAAGCCCAGUUACUGUAAAAGCGAAAAUCUUUAUGCAAUCACUUUGGAAGCUAAAUUUGGAGUGGGACGAAAUAUUACCGGAAGAUAUCCAAUCAAAAUGGAUAUUAAUUUCACGAGAUCUAGCAUCGAGCUUAGAAACAGAGAUUCAUCGAAGUACUCAAACACAGAACGAGAAUAACAGAAAAUUACCAACUCUUCAUGUAUUUACCGAUGCUUCAACUCAUGCGUACGGCGCAUGCGCGUACAUCUUGUAUGACAGAAAACCAACAAUAGUAAUGGCAAAGAAUCGAGUUGCGCCUAUCAAGACUAUAACUUUACCAAAAUUAGAGCUUAUGGGGGCUGUAAUUGGAGCAAGACUUGCUGAUCAUAUCUGCAAAAACUUUCCAGAAACUUUCAGUGAAAUACAAUUUUGGAGUGAUAGUCAAAUCGUACUAAGUUGGCUUUCAUCCGUAAAACCACAGAGACAAUUUAUCAAAAACAGAAUUGAAGAAAUUAAAAGUUUGUGUAGAGAUAAUGUAUGGAGAUACUGCCCUACAAAAGACAACCCCGCAGAUCUACUUACACGUGGAAUAACAUCUGAAGAACUGCAACAGAACGAAAUAUGGUUUAGUGGACCUAAAUGGUUAAACAGCAAAGAAGAUUGGCCGACAUGGAACGGAAAUAACGUAACGUCUAGUGUAUGUACAACUAUGUCGGAGAACGAUGACAAAAUUGAGUCUAUGGAGAAAAAUCAAAAUGUAUGUAUUGGUAUAGGAGAAAUCAUAGAUAUCGAACGGUACAAUUCUUAUAGAAAACUAACCCGCAUUACCGCAUAUGUAAUGAGAUUCGCAACGAACUGCAAAGCAACAGAAACUGAACGAAAGAAAGAUUUGUUACGUAGUGAUGAAAUUAAAAAUGCAAAAUUCCUAUGGAUAAGAUAUACACAAGGUAAAAUAUUUAGUGACGAAAUAAAUUGUAUAGAUAAUUCUACAAAACGCAAAACACUUGUGCGACAAUUAAAGCUCUUUCUAGACGAAAAGCAAUUAUUACGAUGUGGUGGCCGCCGAAUAGACAAUGCGACAUUAGGAGAAACAGUCAAGUUUCCAUAUCUGUUACCGGCAAAGGACCGUCUCACACAUUUGAUAGUGUUAGAAGCACAUGAGAAUACACUACAUUCAGGAAUAAAUAUCACUCUAGCAUACAUACAACAAACAUUUUGGAUUCCGAAAUUAAGACAGUGCGUCAAAUCUAUAUUGAAGAAAUGUGUAACGUGCCGAAAAGUAAUCGGAAAAUCUUAUCCCGCACCAGAAAUUCCACCAUUACCAAAAGAGAGAGUUCAAGAUGCCACACCCUUUAGCAUAACCGGUGUAGACUUCACAGGUGCGCUAACGACAAGAAACAGACACAACGAAGAAUCGAAGGUUUACAUUUGCCUAUUUACAUGUGCUGUCACUCGAGCCGUACAUUUGGAAUUAGUUUACGAUCUCAGCGGAGAAUCUUUUUUAUUGUGUUUCCGGAGAUUUGUAAGUCGACGAUCAGUGCCGAAAAUAAUGAUGUCAGAUAAUGCGCUAACAUUUAAAGCUGCUUCAAACGAAAUUUCACGACUUUGCAAUUCUAGAAAAGUUAAAGAAAAUAUUCAGAAUUAUGGCAUUGAAUGGAAGUUCAUCCCAAAUAGAGCUCCAUGGUUCGGGGGCAUGUGGGAAAGAAUGAUUGGCUUAACAAAAAUAUCACUUAAGAAAGUAUUAGGACGUGCACAUGUCAACAAUGAGACUCUAAGGACUGUAUUAACAGAGAUCGAAGCCACACUCAACGAUCGACCAGUGACGUAUAUUUCAACAGAUAUCAGAGAUCCGGAGCCGCUUACACCAUCCCAUCUUAUACAUGGACGAAGGAUAACAACUUUACCGUAUGGAUCGUCAAAAAGUGCUAUUGACAAUCUAAAUAUUUGUGAAUUAACACACACAAACUUGAACAAUCAAGCGAUACGACAGAGACAAUUGAUUGAGAACUUCUGGACAAGAUGGAAAGGAGAAUACCUUACUUCAUUGCGAGAAUAUCACCAAAGAGCUGGAGUCGACGUUCGGAAGAUCAAAGAAGGCGAUGUUGUUCAGAUACACGACGAAUCAAAGCGCGUGCAUUGGAAACUUGGAGUUGUGCAGGACACUAUUAAAGGCAAGGACGGCUUAGUACGCGUCGCUAUGGUGCGUACCAAAUCAGGAAUUACAAAUCGACCCGUGACGAAACUCUACCCAUUAGAAGUCAACAGCAUGGACUGUUAUCUGAGACGAAGUGAACGAAGAAACUAA